UCUUAAAGAGUGGAAAGUAUUGAGAGGAGGAAGGCAGGAUGGAGGAGGAAGGCAGGAUGGAAGAGGAAGGCAGGAUGGAGGAGGAAGGCAGGAUGGAGGAGGAAGGCAGGAUGGAAGACGCUAGGGAAGGAGGCUCGACCAUCAACUACGUCAGUGAGCUCAGUACAAAGUGUCCUACCCAACAGACCUUGACCAAGGUGUGCGGCGUGUGCGGGGAGCCGGCCAAGAGUGUCCACUUCGGGGGUGUCAGCUGCUCAUCCUGCAAGUCCUUCUUCAGGAGAAGCGUCCAGGGAAGCCUCUACACCACCUUCCUCUGCGUCUUGGACCAGCGAUGCCCUCUUCAGCAGAAUCGCAGAUGUUGUCAAGCGUGCAGGUUCAGGAAGUGUCGCGAGAUCGGGAUGAACCCUGCGUUGGUGAUGAGCGAAGAAGAAAGGAACGCCCUGAGGUCACGACGUCUGGAGAGGAAGAAACAACAACUUCUUAAACACCUCCGCAACAAACACAACACCUGCGCUGACAAUACCUGCGAUAAACAUGAAAGUCUAGAGGAAGAAUAUGUGGAUCAGGUGACGGAACCCAUGGAUCAGGUGACAGAACCCAUGGAUCAGGUGAUGGAACCCAUGGAUCAGGUGACAGAACCCACGGAUCAACAGUAUGGAUACACACAUCAAAAGGAACUCUUUGACCAGAGCAAACUUACAUACAACGAUGGACUCGCGGACAGAGAUGAAUACAAGGGCGAAAUCAAACUGGAAGAACAGGUAGUAUAUGAAAACAAAUACAGUCUCACAGACGAAGAUGCAUUACAAGAGGAAGACAACAUCAUAAAGCAGGAAGGCACUAACAUGAGCUGUGAGAGCCACGAGGAAAAAAGACACAAUCAUUGUUUAAAGACCUUGAGCUACGAGGACACAGAGACUAUCACAGCUUUGCAAAAAAUACUGAGGAAGUCCAUGUCGUUUCCAGAUUUUCCAAAACACUACUAUGAGAAGGAUGCUGAUGUUAUAGAACAUCUCUUAUUCUUGUUCUGUAAGGCCAUGGGAGAGUUUUUCAGAGCUACUCCCGACUUUAGAAAAGUGGAACCGAAAGACCAAAGCGUCCUUCUCAAAGAGGCAGUAGCUAAAUCAAUGUUUAUAUUCGGGGCUCAUCAGUAUCAGCAGCACCUGGAGUGUUGGCCGCGGAGACUUCUGACUCCCUCUUGCACCUUCCCAAAGGUAACAAUGGCAGCCGUUUACAAGUGCCUCAGCGACCGCCUUAUAUUUACAAAGAUAAAGACCUUCAUGAGUAAAUACUGCUGCUUCUUCGCCGACGAGAUAGUGACACUGUUGAGCCUCAUGUUGGCGGUAUUUGAGCACGACGAGCCACUGGUGAACGCUGGUGGGGAGGUGGAAGCAAACAGAGAAAAAUACCUCUGCCUACUUCAGAGAUACCUCACGCUUAGAGAUCCAAACGUUUUUCCAGAUGCCAUCAUCUCAGAGCUCUGGAUGUGUUUUGCCGAAGUUCGGGAACUUACUGUCUGCUUUAAGAGCAGCAGCAGCGAUGAAACAACAGCCACCUUAAACACUCUGGGCGAACAAGAAACUGCUCUCGCCAGUUCCUUCCAUGGGCUUGGGGAAGACACCAUGAUGGCUCCGAAAAAGGCAUUCCACAAAAGGAAUAUCAAAAUGACCGAGGAGAAAGAGUCUUCAGAUAUUAUAUUUCUUGAAGAGAUACAAAAAAAUUCUAAAGCCCAAAACAGCCGAGAGGAGACAUCUUUUAUUGGCUCGUCCAUACAUAAGCCUGGGAGGGAAAAGUUAGGUAGCAUGGGCGGGGACACAGUGAUAUCCCCGGGAACAUCUGCUUCAGUACAUGAUCAUAACUACCAAAAAUCAGGGCCGAACAUGUCUGCACGCUCUCAGAAUUAUAUCAAUCCUGAAAGACCAACAUUAAGAAUAAAAGAAGUAGACAUUACACCUUUACCUCCAGACCACAGAUCAAGCCAAAACUACAGACCCACAACUUUUGUCAGUUUGCCUUCACAGGCAAACUUACCUUUACUUACCUAUGGAAUUGCUUCUGGUGGUACAAUAGAGACGCAAAAUCCUAGAUAUUCUCAGUGCAGAGAUGAUCUUCAAGGACUUGGAAACUCUUGCUAUCCUUCAGAAGAACUUAGCGUGCUGGCUGAGCCUGCCAUGGGUCCCAGCAGUGUUCAGUCUCACACUCACACAGCCAGCCACUUCUCUGUUCAUGGAUCCCCGCCCUCACACCAAAGUAUAACACGCAACACUGUCGACCCCAGAUAUUGCUUGUCAUCAAACUUGACUCAAUCUCAACGUGAAAUGCUACAGAGACUCAACCUUCCGGGUACAGCGACGCCUCUGCAGGACGCCCCUAGCCAACACUUGUAUCAGCAGUCUUCACUUAGGCGUCACCUGGAGCCAGCUUGCCACCCAGGUCACUCAAGUCAUCAAGGUGUUCAACCGGAGUAUUACCUUCCCAGAGAGUCUCCCAGAGGCAGGUCACCUCUGUAUCCCAGAGAACAAUUAUCUCUACCUCACACACACUCAUUAGCUAGAGUUGUCUACCAUGGUGAGCACCCCUCUUCACCGUUUAUGUACUCUCCAGCUAGGGUCCCUUCUCCUUUUACACUCUCCCCAGUUAGGGCCCUCUAUCACAGCGAGGUCCUCUCUCCACCCUCAUCGCACAUCACGGUGAGGCCCCCGUCCUACGACGAUAGUUAUGUCGUAAACUCGCCGACGGGAAGCCUCUAUCAGAGAAAGGAUAGCUCCUCCCUCUCACACACUCCUGAAGAAGCCAUGCUAGGGGCCAGCAGCCGCGCGGAUGAGCAGGUUCUGAGAGCCGUGGAGGGCGUCUUACCUAAAAAAUUAGUGAAACAUCUUGCAGCCAGACUCCGCACCACCCCACGACACUCUACCUAGACGUUAUCUGUCCCUCUUUCCUUCCCCACCUUGACACAUCUACGUGGACCGAACCUCAUGUGACUAAUAGAUAAGUUUUAUACUUAUUUUAAACUAUAUAUAUUUUUAAAAUGUAAAUAAAAAAAGAGCAUCAAGACUUAUCACUGUAGUUAACAUCAUCAGACACCACUUCUAAGAAAAUAAAUCACAUUGACUCUUGGUACAAUAUACUUAAUGUGCUCUGUA